AUGGCAGGAGCUUCGGUCACAAUGAACCUGACGUUCACGCUUCUGAGAACACGCUCUGUAUACGUGGUGGACCUCUCCAGCAUCUCCGUGAACGGCGCGGCCGCCCCUGUGCCCGCGGCGGCGAUCUCCGAAGCGGCAGUCAUCAUCGACUCGGGCACGGUGAUCACCCACAUGCCGGCCGCGGCGUACUACCCGCUGCGCGACGAGUUCAGGCGUCACAUGAACAACUACACGAUGCAGCCGGAGGGGUCCGCGGGGCCUCUGGACACGUGCUACGACGUGACGGGGCACGACGUCGUGAUGGUGCCCCCGGUGGCGUUCGAGUUUGGUGGCGGCGCCAGGAUUGACGCGGACGCGUCUGGGAUACUGUACGUGGCAGGUGCCGCGGUGGCGUGCCUGGCCUUCGUGCCCACGGAUUCGGUGGACCUUAUGGUCAUUGGUAACAUGCAGCAGAGGGCGUACAACGUUGUGUUCGAUGUCACUGGCGGGAGGGUUGGGUUUGCGCCAAAUGGGUGUUAG